UGUAUCUGUGUAGGCUGAGUUGCAUGGGUUGUGACAACACCUGUAUUACCAUGGUUCAGUUUGUUUCCUCCGAGGUGUAUGUGCUCCUCUCUGCUCUACCUUUUUCAUUGCUACAUUUUCUUUCAUACUGAGAAGAUAUGGCAGAUUUUCCUGGGAUGGUUAACACUCAGACAAGCUCAAAUGAACCUCAAAGACGCUUCGGAAUCCCAUCAAUCGUUGAUGUGAACUUCAUCAAGACCAUUCCUGGUAUCCUACUUCUGGCUGAGAUUGUUGUUGGGUUACUGGUGUGGGCACUGAUUGCCAGUACUAACUAUACCACAAUUCCUGCCUAUGGCUGGGUGAUGUUUGUCAGCGUGACACUGUGGCUUCUAAGCAUCGCCCUGUUCAUCAUGCUAUUGCUGAGUUUGCACGAGAGGCUUUCAUCAGUGCCCUGGCCUUUAGUGCUCUUUGUGUUCUAUGCAGUCGCAACUGUUCUGUACUUAACUGCCUUUUUGACUGAUGCAGCAUCUGUCCCGCUCAACAAUAGUUAUCUGGGAACUUCUGCAUUUUUUGCCAUAGUGGUGACACUAUUAUAUACAGCUAGCAGCUACUUUGCCUACUUGGGUUGGAGGAGUAAUGGCCAAAAUGCAGCUGCAACCACAGUGCCUGUGUAGAUGUUCCUCUGAUCCACAUACUCUCAUUGUGGAUGAACACAACCCCUGUGAAAAGACACUUCGAUGAGGAUAUUACUCCGAUUAUUUGAGAUCACUAAAGUCCUCUUCAGGAACGGCAGAUUGAAGAAACCCAGCUAUAUUGGCAAAUGUGACAUAACUGGUGUUUACUAUGUCCAGCAUUACUGCUAGAUGGUUUAUAACAAGGAGAUUGUGUGUACCGAGACUGUCACCACCCCACUAACACAGCAUAUA